CUCUCUCCCACCCCCCAGUGGGUCUCAGCUCUGGGCAGCUCCUCCCAGCUCUGCCCGGCUCGGCCGCUGGCUCCCACAGGACAGCAGGUCUGAACCUCCUUGCACAUCUGCAGAAUCAUCAGACACCCGACUUGUAUCCUUCACAGGAGGCCAGCUCUCAGACCUCACUCCUGUACAUCUCCCCAGCAGGAAGGAUGGCCCAGAACACGCUGACUGUGAAUGGAGUUGAUGUGGGCUCUACGCUCUCCCAGCCCACCCACAUUGACAUCCACAUCCACCAGGAAUCCGCUUUGGCACAACUGCUAAAAGCUGGGAGUUCCCUGGUGGAGCGCCUGUCUCACCGUCCUGCCAAGGCCAGGAUAGGCUAUGGACAGCUGGCACUAGGGGUGACCCAGCUGUUGCUCGGGGCGAUCAGCUGUGCCCUCGGUGGGCUUCUCUACUUGGGACCCUGGAUUUGGCUGCGUGCCUCGGGCUGUGCCUUGUGGGCAGGGUUUGUGGCCAUUGCAGCAGGCGUUGGGGCUAUUGUCCACGAGAAGCGCCGGGGCAAACUCUCGGGCUGCGCAUCAGGUCUGCUCACUCUGGCUGGCAUCGCCACGGCCGUGGCUGCUGUCAUCUUCUGUGUGAAUAGCUUCCUCUGGGAAGGUGAUGGCUUCUAUGACAUCAGCUCCGUGUGUGAUUCCUUAGUCCCUGUCACCCCCACCUCUUGGUACCAGCGAAGAAGUUCCUAUUCAUCGUGGGAGGAGGAGAACUGCAGAAGAUACAUGCAAAUGCUGAUGGAUUUGUUCCUAGGAAUCCGUGCUCUGCUCCUGGCUAUCUGUGCUCUGCAGGUCAUUGUGUCCUUGGCUUCCCUGGGCAUGGGUCUUCGAAGCUUCUGUGGCCAGAGCUCCCGGGCCCUGCAGGAUGAAGAAGGGUCAGAGAGGAAUCUGCUGGGGGAGAAUUCAGUGCCCCCCUCCCCCUCCAAGGAGAAGACCACGGCUGUCAUUGUACUGUGAGCAGCCAGAGACCCUUGCCUGGACCCUGCAUGCCCCUUCCAAGUCGCCCAGGGCCCCUCACCACCCUGUCCCACAGACUUGCUUCCUGUGCUCACUUUUCUUCUCCCCACCCUCACCCACUGUGGCCACUCCAGGGUCUUCCAUUCAGCGAACAGGUAUUGUCACGUUUCCCCUAGUGCUGAU